AUGAUGGGAGAUUUUGGCAUCAAGAAGCGCUACAUCGUAAAGGUGAAGGACCCUGCACAUAUAAAGAAGAAGAUUCAUCCUGAAGAGCUGUGCAUCAAUCGAAAGACCGGAUGCUUGGACGUGGCGCCCGAGUUCUUCUCGAAGGUGUGGGACGAGCACCAGACCGAUGACACGUGGAACGCGUGGGUGUGCAUAGAAGACGACGGUAAGGCCAAAGUGGUGGGCUUCAUCGUGCUCCAGGUCUUCGUGCACGACUCCACUUACUUUGCCUGGGGCCCACCGCUCAACAAGCGCGCAGCCAAGCCCGACCCAGUGACCGGCGCCAUCAGCAACGUCGGUGAGAUCAGCUGCUUCUGCGCCCAGGGCUGCGGCGCACUCCUGCUCGACGAGGCCCUGUCGUGGGCCGCCAACAACACCAACUACCACUACGUCGUGCUCAACUCGACCGAAGGCGCUGCCAACUGGUAUCGAAGCCACGGUUUUGAGGACAUCAAGGCCUACAGGCUGCCGCCGCCGUUCAGUCAGUACGCACACGCGCGCCACUACCGGGAGCACCUCUACCGCCACCGGCUGGGCGACGACAUGAUCGACAUCACCGUGGACGAGCCGUCGCGCAUGCUCGUCGUCGACCUCGACCAGUUCAAGAGCAAGCGUCAGGGCGAGGAGAGUGAGAGGGAAGACGACGACGACGACAACGACCCCACGAGCCACAACUACAAGCUACGAACCCUCACCAUCACCCGGUAG